UGCCAGUGAGUGUUUCUCCCCCCCCCGUUAGUCACAGUGUGCUCUGAUCAGUCUGAGCUCAUAACGGGAGCAGAGAAAGUGGAACCAGUUGCAGAUGGAACACUGAUUGGGAGCCGAACGAUCUCAAAGCAAAUGAAAACAUCCCGGGAGGAAUGGGUUAAUGAUUUCUGUCCGUUCUGCCGAGAUGGAAGAAUUCAUCAUCCGCAGCUACGCAGUGUUCUGAGCAGGAGAGGAUGAUCUGACUCGGAGCUGGAGAUACUUCCUCUGAAGCCUUGUUGGACGGUCGCUGCAGCUGAGAUGUUCCCUUUCCUCACGAGGAAGAUGAACGUGGCCCCUGAGCUCUGCUGCCUCCUCUUAAAUAUCUGUUUUUGUGUCACAGCUUGGCCACGUGCUCCCACAGGGGACACCUGUCCGAGCGCUGAGUGGAGCAUCAUGUGUCGUCCAUGUUGUGAGUACCACCUGAUCCAGUGCCAGUGUCCCUCCAAAGGGUCGAGGGUGGGUUACACCGUCCCCUGCUGCCGCAACGCUCUGGAUCAGUGUGACCCCUGUAUCAUCCACCCAGGCUGCAGCCUGUUCGAGAACUGCAAAACCUGCCACAACGGAACGUGGAGGGCCAACGACGACUUCUUCGUCAAUGGGAAGUUUUGCACCGAGUGUCGCCAAGGCUGGAGUGGAGGGGACUGUAAAACAUGUGGAGGCGUCAUCCAGCGAGCCCAGGGUCUCGUGGUCCUGGAGAGUUACCCGACAAACGCCCGGUGUGAGUGGAGAGUGCGAGUGCAGAGGGGCAGGAGCAUCGAGCUCAGGUUUUCUCUGCUCAGUUUGGAGUCCGACCACACGUGUCGUUACGACUACGUCGAGGUGCGCAACGGCGACGACCUGAGCUCCCCUGUGAUUGGCCGUUUCUGUGGGGAUCAGCUGCCUCCACCGAUAAAAAGCUCCGGGAAUCGCCUGCACAUCCUGUUCACCUCAGAUGGCUACAACAACUUCGAUGGAUUUGCUCUCACUUUUCAGGAGAGUUCAGGCAGCCUCUGGGGAUCCAGGCUGUGCACCUCCAGAGGAACCAGUGAAUGGAUACUUGCUGCCAGUGUACGGCCUCCAGCAGAAGCUUGUGCUUGUGAACUACCAGUGUCGUCCACCUUUCACUCUCACUGGCUCCCAGCAGAGGAGCUGUCUGCCUGGUGGCCUGUGGAGUGGCACCGCUCCCACGUGUGUGAGAGGUACUUUCUUCCACCAGGUUUUCUCUGGGCUUCAUUUCUGAUACUAAAAGCCACACGGUGCAUUUGCUGGAAAAUUCUUCGUCUCUCCUUUAUUGCUCACACAGGCCAGACGAGCAGAGUCCAGUGUGCCCCUCCACCCAAAUUGCUCAACGGCUACUACAGGCCGGCUCAGGACACAGCGGGGGGCGCGGAGGCGGAGACGAUGGAGUUCUUCUGUAAAAACUCCUUCGUUCUGAGUGGAAACCACCAGAGCACCUGUCUCUCUAAUGGAUCCUGGAGUAGCAGGCCACCAAAGUGCGUGAGAGCCUGUCGAGAGCCCAAAGUGUCUGAACUUGUGCGACAAAGUCGACAUGACGUCUCUUUGGACGAGCUUCCUCGUGGCUUUCACUCAGUUCACACGAGCAUCAAGUACAAGUGUGCCUCGCCUCUCUACCGCCACACGGGGAGCCCCCGGCGCACCUGUCUGAAGAGCGGCAGGUGGAGCGGGCGCCACGUCUCCUGCUCGCCAGUUUGUGGCAAAUUCGACACUUUCAGUCCCCAGAACCUCUCGGAGACUCAGUGGCCGUGGCAUGCAGCCGUCUACGUCCGCUCGCCCCCUGACCGCACGGCCCGCGGCCACAGGUCCCAGGGAGUGAGCGGCGGACGGGAGGCCUCGGAGGAGUCCACGUUCUGGCUCCUGGCCUGCAGCGGGGCUCUGCUCGCCCAGCGCAGCGUCCUGGUGGCGGCUCGGUGCGUGGUGGACAAGGACGAGCAGCGGCCGCUUCACCCUGCGCACGUGAAGGUCGUGAUAGGCGUGCAGCAGCAGCACCAGGCGUCCAGGGCUCAGUCGAAAAGCCUGCACCACCUCAGGGUCUCAGAUAUUUUAGUCCAUCCAAACUUUGACUUCACACCAGACGCCAGCGUGGCCGUGCUCAAGCUGAAGGACAAGGCCAGGAUCAGCGAGCGCGUGCUGCCGGUGUGUCUACCCAGAAUGCACGGCGGAGAUGUGACGGAGCGACAGGCCUACACCUCCAGGUGGAUUCCACCGGACAAUCACAGGCACCUGAGCCGCUACGCUGCCCCGAGCCAAACGGAGCUCGUUGAGUUGAGUGAUGUGGCUCAUUGUGAAGAAGCUCGGGGGGGAACACGUACCGCAGCGAGCACACUGUGUGUCGUCGAGAGGCCGUCCAGUCCUGAAAGCCCUUGUGCCGUCCCGGGCCUCACCACCCUGCCAGCUGUGUUCCCCCCCACAGGUCGAGUCUUGUCGGGUCAAGAGGAGACUCGGGGAGCCUCCAGCAGCUCGGGCUGGCAGCUGCUCGCGUUGGAGGGUUUCAGCUACGAGGAAAACAACUGCCACCGACAGACUCACUCAGCUCAGACACGAGUUGGCAGUUUUCAAGACUGGAUAGAGGAUAACAUGAAUUGAAUAUGUUUAUCAUCUUUAAUCUGAAAUUAGUUAAAUCUCAGAGUUGGUGCAGACAAGUUGUGUGUUGUGCUUCCUGUGUGUGUGUGUGUGUGACUCUGUGAGGUGAGAUCUGUUUACUUUUAAACGGUAAAGUUCUGUAUUUGGGUCACCUCCACUUCAAACACAAGGUGCACAUCCACCUUCUUAUUAAAUCUACACCUUAUGGGUAUGUGGCUUAUUUUUCACAACAAAUUCUGUCGAUAAUCCUUUUUUCAGAAAAUAAAUUCCCCAUUUUGACAGUUGGACUUUUUAAAAACUUUACUUGUUGUC